AUGGCUGAACUUGUCCAUUCAUCCCAAAACUUCAUGAAUGCGGAAGAUGCAAUCAUAGCCAUGAAGAGGAAGAGAGCAGAGUGCAUGGAAGCAGACCUCCCACACCAUCCUGAGCAGGGUCCUUGUCCAAAAAAGGCUCGGGUAGGGGAGAAGAAGGACAGAGAUAACAAAAAGUUCCCAACUGAGUCUGGGGUGGGUCAAGUGCAAGGAGACCAAUUAGCUGCUAGAGAGUGCUAUCUAGCCAUGUUGGCUAUGGACGAGCACAUACAAACGAUGAACAUAGACGAGAGAAGGAUUACUGCAGAGCCCACAGAAGUGCUGGAAGACAUUCCUUUGGACGAGAGUAACCCUGAAAAGUUUACUAGAAUUGGUACGAGCAUGGAAAAGAAAACGAAGCAAGACUUGGUGCAAUUUUUAAAGAAGAGCCUUAAUGUAUUCGCAGGGAGUCAUGAGGACAUGCCAGGUAUUGACCCAAGUGUCAUUACCCAUCGUCUAAACGUGUAUCCUUUUUCCAAGCCGGAAGUUUAUUACCCGGACCGGUUGACUAAUGUGGUAAUGGUCAAGAAGGCUAAUAGUAAAUGGAGAAUAUGCAUGGACUUCAUUGAUCUGAACCGAGCUUGCCCCAAGGAUAGCUAUACAUUGCCACACAUUGACCAGCUAGUGGACUUGACUACGGGCCAUAAAUUACUAAGUUUCGUGGAAGCUUUUUCAGGCUACAACCAAAUAAAAAUGGAUGAGAUGGAUCAAGAGAAGACAUCUUUCAUCACCAGCCAACGCUUGUUUUGCUAUAAGGUGAUGCCUUUUAGUUUAAAGAAUGCAGGGGCAAUUUAUCAAAGGCUGGUUAACCAUAUGUUUCGUCCAUAUAUUGGAUGA